AUGGACGAACCUGAUUUCUUAGCGCCACCACCUGCAGGGCCUCCGCCGCUCUUGUCGGAUCAGCAGCUCAUCAUCUUGGCUCGCCAAGGUUGGCUCUGUGUUGAUCUGCCGGAUUCACUGUCACGCAGCCUGCAAGAUGUCUUUGAAAGCUCCCUCGAAUUCUUCAACGACCCGAGUCAGCCAAAAGCCGAGUUGUAUCCGAAAAAGCUAGGUACCGAAUUCGGCUACUAUCCUGUCGCGAAUGAAAAAGAGUAUCUCACGUUUCGAUGUCAUGUUCACGGCGGUUCCAAUGCCAGCUCAGCCAGUUCGGCUUCAGAAGCAUUGGCAGUAGCAUCAGCGGUAGCCCUUGAAGCAAAGGUCGCCCAAGCAUGGCGAGAGGCCGCACUCUAUUUGUUCCGGAUCCUGUGCGACAUUUCUAGGGCAAGUGAUCUCGACUUGUCGGUAUGGAACGAUAUCCUCGACGGAACCUUGACAAUGCCGAACUCUGAACAAGACAUGACGCACACCUUGAUGCGUUUGUUUCGGUACUUCCCUACGACCGGCUUCGCAGGCCAGCAUUCCGAUCUGGGAUUGCUCACCUUAUGCGUCGGGAAUGGUGAAGGUUUGCAGGCGUUGGAUCGGUUUCAGUCGACGACAGAUAUCCCCGCAUGGGUGAAUGCUCCUGUGGGUUCAGGCAAGGGCAUGGUAUUGAUCGGCGAGACUCUGAAAGCUCUCUCGUCCAACACUGUCAACACCGGAGCCCACAGAGUCGUCGGCAAUCCGCACGGCCGGAGCAGUGUUGUUUUUGCUCUCCGACAUUCGACCAGACAUGACAUUGACUUUGGCCUUUUUGGAGGAGAAGGUGUCAUGAGUCCGAAAGAACUGUGGAAAAGUGUACAAGUCGGCAAGAUCAACAUCAACAGCACCAAGGAGAUCCGGGAAAAGCAGCGCGCAAAACUUUAUGCUGAUAGGUCAAAGAGUGAAGUCAGCGAUACUCUUACAACUGGGCAGGGGUAG